CCGUCAGUCAACAAUGGCUUUGACAGGGACUAGGAUUUCGAAUAAGUAGAGACGGACUAACUUUCUGCCCCUACUACUACAUAUGAAUACUACUUACUACAUUGGGAGCUCUACAUACGAGUGUAGGCACGCUACAUAGCCAUAUUCCCCAGGUUCUCGGACCUUUCAUCAACCACUCUUUUCUCUUCUCUUCUUCCGUCUCCACUUACUCUUUACCCUUGACAACACCCACACCGCGUGUCCACUCCCUUCACACACUCUCUUUUCUCGUCCUCGCUGUCUCUCUUUGCUCUCUCCUGCCUCUUCGAUAUCAUUGGAAGAGAAAACCAAGUAGGAAAGAGCAAUAUCCAAUCGUUUUUCUUUUUGGGUCUAGACUCAUCGAUCCAUAUCUACCGGACCGGCCUUCUUAUAUACAAGGUCACCUGAUCCCUUUUCCCACCUAAUACAUAUCUUCCUCCCUUACCUACCUACUUGCCGACUUACUCUCACUCAUAGUUUUCUGCCCGUAUUGUGAAAGUAAUUGCUAAUCUUCUCGUCUUUUUUCCUUCGUUGUUGUUCCGUCCUUAUCCUCAAGCAACCUAAUUCAUCAAAGCCUACCCAACCGCCAAAAUGAAGGCCGCUCUCCUCCCCUUCGCCGCCAUGCUCGCCGUUGCCGCGGCCCAAACCACCUCCGUCUGCGCCGCUGCCUACAUCGUCGAGACCUGCCUCGGCACCGAGAACAGCAGGCUCGCCUUGUGCGGCCGUGAUGACUACGGCUGCAAGUGCGCGCAGUAUCCCAACAUCAUUGCCUGCUACAACAACUGCCCCAACGAUCCCCGCAAGGCAUCCGCCAUGGGCGACCGUGAUACCUGGUGCGCUCUUGACAAGCAAUACCCGUCCUCCACCACCAAGGUCGCUGUCGCCACCACCAGCCUGAACACCGCUCCCGCUGCCGCUGCCACCACCGCCGCCACUACCGCCAUCUCUUCCAGCGGCAGCGACAACGAGAAUACUGGCGACGCCAUCACUACCGCCACGGGCGCCGCGUCGAGCAACACCGCCUCCGCCCCUUCGACCUCCGCGACCGGCAACGCCGCUGGUGAGGUUCUUGUGAGCACCGGCGGCUUGCUGGCUGCUUUUGCUGGUGUCGUUGCUGCUGUGCUCUAAGUUGCCGGUCCAGAGCGGUAACUGAUUGACUGUAUAACCAGUUGACGUUUUAUUUAAUAUGGGGAGUUGGGAGCGGUUGAUGGUCAAAGUCUUGCUCUUCGAAUUGCGAAAAAAAGAGGAAAGGUUUUUUGAGGGGCGUCGAAAAAUGAAAAGGCUGAUGUCAAGUGUCGUUGUGUUUUGGAGUAAAUCUGUGUCCGAAAACCGCGAGCGGUGUGGAUAGCUGGAUUGGGGACACAAUGUGGAUGUAAUCGAAGAGCAAGUUGUGCUGCACACGACCUCGCCCUAAGAAUGGGGGACCAGUCUCGCAGACACUGCGACACUUCAUGUCAACUGCAGCUGGGAAUGUGAAGGAGAGACAGAGGGGUGUUGGGGGGUUGUGCUUGGCGGUCUUUGGGGUAAUAUGUAAUGAGGUACUAUGAUAUGUAAUGUUUGAAUGAACAUGAUAUGUUCUCACGUUCUACAAAUGCUUGU